AUACAUAGAUGGUGACGUCACUACAUUAUUGUCAGUACACAAUGCAGAGUUGUCAGUGUUAGUCUUUCAGGUAUUAUAAAUUGUCUACACUUUACCAGCUAUUUUAACGGGUAUCGAUUGAUCGCCAAAGUAGGAAUGUGACGAGUUUCAGAUCGCACUCGCACUCUCUUACCCACGGGUUAACCCCUACCCCCAUACGCCAUUCACGUGCAGACUACAGUAGCAGACGACAUGUCUCAAGCAACCGCCCCUCAAUAUCCUGACGCACCGCCCCCGUACUCGGCGGGAUACAACCAGUACAACUCCGGAGGACAGCCGGGAUACAACCCAGGGGGACAGCCUGGAUACAACCCAGGGGGACAACCGGUCUACCCCCCGCCCCAGGGUGGAUACCCGCCUCCACAGGGCAACUAUCCCCACCCCUACAGCACCCAGCCCCAGGGUAACGGACAGUACCCACAACAACCGGGCUACCCAUACAGCUAUGGGCAGCCUGUAGUUGUUUCUCAAACUCAAGUGGUACAGCAGCCUCGGCACUCCCGCGACAAGAACCGCGACAACGAGUGUCUGCUAAUAGGCCUCCUGGCAUGUCUCUGCUGCUGCUGUCUCAUGGACUAGUGGGCGGGGCAUAGCAUAGAGGGGCGUGACAUCGAGAAGGAGACGGAGUCACGUCUGCGGAUUUAAUUCAAUCACUGUCAUAUGAGAAACGGAUCUCGUGUUGAUAAAUCAGCGCUAACCAGAGCUUUUUUCCCCUAUUACUUAUGUGUGGGCUAUCGAAGAUAAAUCAUAUCUUGUUGAUUGAUUAACCGUUUUUCGUUCUGAAAAGUGUGCUUUCGAAAACGUAAUCUCAUCUUUAUAUUAUCAGUUCUUGCAUUUUUUUCACAUGCCAUACCCUGUUUCCCAUGUAAUAUACCCAUUACAUAUAUUUUUAUAUAACACAUGUGUAAUAUUCUUUUGAAGCGUUUUCAUUGGCUUAGUUUUCGUUUAUUGACCAAUCGCAUUUUGUUAUUUUGCUGAAAUGACCUUGCAACGUCAAAUGACUUUACGAAAUGUAAACAACAUUCGGGAUUUAUCAUUAUGUUUGCGUAAAUAUGUAUUUAUUUGCUAAUUUAAAAGCAUGUGAUAAAAAGAUCAGACACUCGUUGUCAUAUCAUACCAUAUUUUAUUUAACUCGUCCAGGAAAUUCGUUAGUAAGCUCGCCAAAGGCUCACUUACUAACAAAAUUCCUGAACUCGUAUAAUAAAAUAUGGUAUGAUAUGACAACUCGUGCCAGAUCCUAUAUAUUUGACUCUUUUAUUAUUAAACAUAUAGUUAUUAGUCGUCAAAUCAACGUGAAAAUUAAGACAUAAAAAUGUAACAUAAUCGCUUUUCGGUUAAAUCAGCGCUUUCAGUUCUGGUUCUGAAUUGUUUGUUUGUGAAAUCUCAAUCGAUACCUAACUGAUUCAUACAUUUUGUAAGAAUACUGUACACGAAACAACGACUUGCAGAUUCGUAGCAUUUGUGCGCUGUUGUUAACAUUUUUGUUUCUAUACAUUUGACUGGCGUAGAUCGCUCUUCGAUUCUUAAAGACGGCAAACGUGAAAAAUUACUAAUGCUUUAGUAGUUGUCACGUCGCAAAUGCGCGUGCAACUUUGUUGACAGUGUGACGUCGUUGAAGGCUACGUCCGCGCAGAGAUUCGACUGGUUUUGAGAAAGGAUCAGAUCAAAUGUUUGUAAGUAACCAGUGCAUGAUUUCGGAUUUGAGGCUGAAUAUAUCUCUUGGGAUUUGUGGACUAUUUCGGCCGAUAAAACAUUAUUGAGAACAAAACAUGGGAAAUUUUCAAAAAAAAGGACUCUGAAACAACCUCGCACCGCCUUUGCGAGAGAGAUUUUUGUGAAUCAUUUUUAAUCGCUAUUGAUGUUGUUUAGUGUAUCGUGUAUGGUCUUUCCAUUGUGAUAAUGUCUUCCUGUAAAUCAAAAUCACCUAACAUUCAUUUCAUUAAAGUGACUACAAUACACAGAUUAGGCAAUACGCCUUAUUUCCGUUUAACGAAUUCAUACGAGCCGCUUUUAUGGUAUUUUUAGUUUAAAGAAAGUCUCUUCUUACCAAAAAUCAAGUUUAUGCGGGAAGUGUCAUCCCUGAUUAGCCUGUGCGGACUGUACAGGCUAAUCUGGGAUGACACUUUACGCACAUGCAUUAAGCACAGUUUUCUCAGAACAAGGCUCAUACGAUUCCGUUAUUCGAAUUCGUAGAACAGGAAAUAAUACAAAUUGCCAAGCCAAUGUGCUACAUGAACACUUCCUAUUAGAGAUGGCAACAUAUACUCUCUUGAAUUCGGAUUUGUUUUGCAAUCAUUUGACACAAUUACUUUGUGAAAUUCAGACAUUUUGUUUCGAUUUUAUGCGUUUAUCUUUAGUCCCUAUAAAUGUUUUACCAUCGCUGGCCUUUGGUAAGACCAUUUAAAAAGAAAAAAUCGUUACAUGUUUAGUGUUUGCAAUACAGUUGAAUACAUUAGAGAUGUCAUGCUCAUGUUUGGGUUGUAAUUGUAUAUUGUAUUAAUUUAUUGUUAUUAUUAUUUUAUUGUUUAAUUGCUAAGGCUUGUAUCAUUACUAUAUUUAAACAGACUUUUGAUAAAAUAUUUUGUACUGAA